AUGGAACGGACCGUUGUUGUCCUGGGUGGAGGCAUCAGCGGUUUGGCCGCCAGUUACCACUUGAGCCGGGUCCCCAAACCCCCCAAGGUGAUCCUCGUGGAGGGCAGCAAGCGUCUGGGAGGCUGGAUCCGCUCCGUUCGAGGCCCGGAUGGUGCUAUCUUUGAACUUGGACCUCGAGGAAUUCGGCCGGCUGGAGCCUUGGGGGCCCAGACCCUGCUCCUGGUUUCGGAGCUUGGCUUGGACUCAGAAGUGUUGCCUGUCCGAGGAGAUCAGCCAGCUGCCCAAAACAGGUUCCUGUAUGUAGGAGGCACCCUGCAUGCCCUGCCCACUGGCCUCAGGGGGCUAUUCAGCCCUUCACCCCCCUUCUCCAAACCUCUGUUCUGGGCUGGGCUGAGGGACUUGACCAAGCCCCGGGGCAAAGAACCUGAUGAGACUGUGCACAGUUUUGCCCAGCGGCGCCUUGGACCUGAGGUGGCUUCUCUAGCUCUGGACAGUCUCUGCCGUGGAGUGUUUGCAGGCGACAGCCGUGAGCUCAGUAUCAGGUCUUGCUUUCCCACUCUCUUCCAAGCUGAACAAACCCAUCGUUCCAUAUUACUAGGGCUGCUGCUGGGAGCAGGGCAGGGCCCACAGGUCGACUCGGCACUCAUUCGCCAGGCCCGGGCUGAACGCUGGAGCCAGUGGUCCCUUCGUGGAGGGCUGGAGAUGUUGCCCCAGGCCCUUGACGCCCACCUGACUAGUAGGGGAGUCAGUAUUCUCAGAGGACAGCCAGUUCGUGGGCUCAGCCUCCAGGCAGAAGGACGCUGGAAGGUGUCUCUAGGGGACAGCAGCCUGGAGGCUGACCAUAUUAUUAGUGCUGUUCCAGCCUCAGUGCUCAGUGAACUGCUCCCUGCUGAGGCGGCACCUCUGGCCCUUACCCUGCGUACCAUCAGUGCUGUGUCUGUUGCUGUGGUAAAUCUGCAGUACCGAGGAGCUCAUCUGCCUGUCCAGGGAUUUGGACAUUUGGUUCCAUCCUCCGAAGACCCAGGUGUCUUGGGAAUUGUGUAUGAUUCAGUUGCUUUCCCUGAACAGGAUGGGAGCCUUCCUGGCCUCCGAGUAACUGUGAUGCUGGGAGGCUCCUGGCUACAAACACUGGAGGCCAGUGGCCAUGUCUUAUCUCAGGAGCUGUUGCAGCAGCAGGCAGAGAAAGCAGCUGCCAUACAGUUAGGACUGAAGGAGCCACCAAGUCAUUGCUUGGUCCAUCUUCAUAAGAAUUGCAUCCCCCAGUAUACAUUAGGCCACUGGAAAAAACUGGACUUAGCUUCCCGGUUUCUGGCUGCUCAUAGGCUGCCCCUAACACUAGCCGGAGCCUCCUAUGAGGGGGUUGCUGUCAAUGAUUGUAUUGAGAGUGGGCGCCAGGCAGCAGCCCAGGCCCUGGGUACAAAACCUGACAGGUGA